CAACGCCAUCGUAAAUCUCAUUCUGCGUCUCGUUCACUCUUGAGCAUCUUCGAUCUCAGGUAACAAUCUCAUUGAGGGGCUUGAUUUUGUCUCAGUCACUCUGUCGCUCCCCUACCGCCAAUAUGCCCUCAACAUUAGAAAAGGCCCGCAAGCACAUUGCGAAGAAGCGCAACGGUCAUGACCUGGCCUUGCAUGAGUUCUCAAGAGACUCCAAGCGUCUUCACAAGGCCUCCAUCAGAGACCAAAGGCUGGGAAAGCUCCACGCUUCAAAGAACAAGAAGGAGCAGCCCAUGAUUGACCGUGCCUCCUACUUCCAAAAGGCUAUCCAGGAGAGGGGAUCUGAACCCCUCGACUUGGCCGCCGUUCAGGAGCUCAUCAGCAAAUUUGUGCACCAGUACGAUGAGGAGUACGCCGAGGUCAAGAAGACCCGCCGUGCCGGCCGCCCUGCAAGUGCCAAGGAAGACUUGCUCAAGCUGAAAAUCUCCAACCUGGAGGAAGAGUACAAGAUCGGGUUCUACCUUCCUGACCUCACAAAUUCGUCCAACGUCACCCUCCUCGACCGCUGGGAGGGCUCAUGGGCUUACCUCACCUCCGUCGCCUGGGUCAAGAUCACGAGUGACGGAAACGUCAGAACCUCCAGCUUCCCUCCCAGAGUUUAGUUUCUGGCAUCUGACAGCAUGACCAUGGCGUUCUUUCGGCGUUUGGGGGAAAACCACGAGGCCACCAGCAAGUCAGGCCUCGAAUCGAAGCUGCAUCAUCGAUUUCACUGGGACAAGGGAUGGGGGAUCAAUCGUCGGCUCCAAUUUCUGUACACGGCUCCUCGUACGGUGCCACCAUAGAAGGGGCGGGAUUUUCGCGGGAAUUGUCUCAGACAGGUUCAG